UGCAUCAAAAUUCAACUUGUGGUGCUGCUGAAAAUAUUGGAACUGCUACAAAAACUAAUGGCAUAAUGCAUGAACCUGUACGUGAUGAUAGACCCAAUGCAUUCAGUAACAACAUCUCAUCUGUUCUCUCUUGCAUACAAACAGCAGUUGAUAUUCCUUCUCAAAGCAGAAAAAUUGAUGUUCCUCCUAAUAUUUACUUGGAGUCACGUUCUGCAAUGGGUGAUGCAUCUGUUUCGUCAUUUAGUAGUGUGGAUUACUUGGAGUCACGUUCUGCAAUGGGUGAUGCAUCUGUUUCGUCAUUUAGUAGUGUGGAGUCUAACACGCAACCUCUUAAUGAACCUCUUUUGGAUGCUGACACUACUUCAUUUGGAUUUCUUGGGGAGAUGCCUCAAAAUUUUGGUUUCCAGACUUAA